CAGUCUUGGGCAGUCAGUCGCAUAAAAUCACUUCAAUUCGGAGCGUGGCUUCUUCAUCUUCACCACUGAAUAGUUCAGCAUGAUGAGCAAGUUGGCAAUUUUGGUGGUUGUGACCACCUUGGCACUCGUUGCCCAUUCUGCACCCGUCUCAAAGGCGAAACUCAGAUUCAAGGUGUCCGGAAGAAAUUUCCCCGACAAGGACACUGGAUUUGGAACAACGGACGGCUACUUUGAGCUGUACGUGAGUACGGAUGGAGGCCGAUCCAAAACCAAGUUGACGAGGAGUGACACAAUUUCCGACCAAGAAAAUCCAGACUGGGGCAAUAUAUUCGAAUUUGACUUUGACCGCAGCAAGAAUCAGUGGCUUCAAUUUAAAGUUUAUGACGAAGACAACUUGCGCGAGGAUGACACUGUGGGUCGUGUGUGGAUCAACGUUGCAGAUUACGUUGAUAAGGGACAGAUCACAUAUGCCAGACUGGAUAAAGAGAAAGGGUAUCUCAUCAUUCAAUCUGCUGACAAACCUGCCCCCGUCGAUGCCAACACCCCUCUGGGUCAACUUCCCUUCCCAGUUGGGGCUAAGGACUCGGACACGUUGAGAUUCAAAGUUUCUGCGAGCGGUCUCCCAACCAAAGAUGACGUCGGAUUCAUUCCUGGCAAUAGCGAUCCUUACGUCAUUAUCACCGCCACUGACGGCAUUUCCGGGAAGGAGAGAGAUGUCGGAAGAUCAACGACCGUGUCCAGUACGAGCAAUCCCAACUGGGGAGACGUGUUCCAAUUCCAAUGGGACCGCAAGAAAGAUCAGAGACUACAUUUCAAGAUAUAUGAUGACGAUACGCUUCGGGAAGAUGACAAGUUGGGCAGUGCCUGGAUUGAGGUCAACGACUUUGUAGCCAAGGGCUCCUACACUCUCGUCCUUCCCAAGAAAGGAACCCUCACCUUGACGAAGGCCUAAAACUCACAAAUUAAGUACUUGUACUCCUCGUAAGCAUGUAACUGUAUCACAAAUAAAUUUACCAUUAUCGCCCAGGCAGAGAGGAGAGUGAACAAUAAUAAAGAACGAAACUUAUGAAACAAAUUUCCCGAG